AUGUCAGAUAUUUCCACGGUAAUCUACCAGACUCCCACGGGGGCCGGCGGUUUUCGCCGUGAGCGUUUUCGGCAACGAAACCCGUGCAGAAUGUCUCAGCUACAUCUGGUGGUAAUGCUUCUUCUUGCAACGGCGUCCGCUUUCCCGCAAUUCACGCAUUUCUCAACCUUUUCGCUGGCAGACGAGCCGCAGGGCUCGAACUCAAAAUGCACCCCGGAGAACGGCGUUACGUCGUGCGUCUGUGAUACGAGUGAUAGUUCACUGUUACCCAAGAAGUUUGAGGCUACAAUUUCAGCAGACCGACCGAAACUGCGGCUUCUCUGCGAAGCACAAAUGACAUGCACUCCAGUGGAAUUGAACAAGUCGAUGGUAUGUCCGGCGGACACUAAAGACUUGAACCAAUGCAAAUUGACUUCGGAGGGAGAAGGAACCGCGUGUAUCCCCAUGAAGAAUCUCCUUUCCGGGGACAACGGCAAGGUGCAGUGGACAACAGAAGAAGCAAAAUCAGUUUCCAAGCCUUACAUUGUUUUGAACGUCCCGCCGGAAAACCUUCCGUUUUCCAACAAACAGUUCACCGUAGGUUGCUUGAAUAACUCCAUCGCCCAAUGCCACGUCACUGUGACAAUCCAAGCCAGAAAAACGGUGAUGCAAGAACGGAAGGUCAUGUGUGCCUAUGGCAAAGACAGCAACAACAGCAAACAACACCAAACCAUCACACUCACCCCCUCGCAAAACAGCUUCACGCUCGUCUGCGGCGCCGAUGGAGACGUUCUUCCUACUGACUACAACAGCCAUUAUUGCCCAGUCACCGAAACCCCGACGGAUGCACAAGCAUCCUGCAGCGGCAAUUACGAAUCGAUUUUCCCUGCGUAUAACUCGAACUGGUGGAAGCCGUCCGAGCCAAAGUCGUUUACGUUUGAGGUCCCGGCUGACCAGUUCCCUGAGAAGGAUGCUACGAUUUCCCUCGGGUGCCGGCAGAAACCGAGUGGCGAUGUGAAUGGGCACAAGACUGUUAGUGAUGUAGCUGAGACGAGCGUCUGCAACGUGGAUGUGACGAUCGGGGGUACUGGAGCAGCGAGUACGUCACCCCCAUCGGCGGCUCCGGGGGACGCCAACGUGUGUUUCCGCGCCACCGCCGUUGCCGCAGCCCUCGCAUCAUUGAACCAGUGGCUAUAG